UACGAUGUAUACAAAAUCAAUAGAGCAUACAAUGUAGUAUGUUUAAGGUGCUGUGUUUUGAAUACUGAUAAAUUUUGGUGAUAACAACUGGUGUUUACUUAGCUUUUAUUGUGAAAUCAAUAUAAGAGUGGAUUGUGAAACAAAGAAAAUGGGAUUUGUGCUGAACAAAAAUCUUGGUAGCUAGAUAACCACACAGGUCAAAAUGAAUAAAAAGGAAAAGAAACCAAAGCAGGCAACAGAAAUAAAUCAUAUUUCUCAGCCGCUUAAUUUUAAACAUAACUUUCAUUUGGGAAUUGAUGGAGUCUCGGGCGCGCACGACGGUAUUAACGUGGAGCAGCUUCAGGCUAUGUUUGACCACGUUGCCAAAGCCGGGCCUUCCGCGCAUGCGCAACCCAGGAGGUCUGGAAAUCACGCGGACAUGAUGCCGUUAACAAAGAAUGACAGACCCCAUAAAAGGCUCGAGCAUACAACGUCAAUAGAAGAUGAAGUUGGGGCGCCCACACCUUGCCUUAGUCGGGAUAUAUCGGAAAGAAAUUCGAUUGAUGAAGAGAAUGACCUUGCGUACCGACUCAAGGAGGAACUGCUACCAGCUGUGCGGUACGAACUGGACGAAAUUCUAGAGAAGAAACUGUUGCAGAUUCUCCCAGAAUUGCUUGCCUUUGGUGCUUCGGGUGUGCAUUGCUGCACAUGUAGAUGUCUGACCAACUCGAGGGAUUCGGUACAUAGUAAUUUAUUUCGACAGACUUGGGAAAUGAGACACCCACGUCCGCCUACACAUAUAGAACAGCAAAAGUUUGACAGUCGCAUUGAUAGUUCAGAACAAGAACAAAAAGAAAAGACAAAGUACGCCAAUUUCGAAACAGAUCGAGAAAAAAGUCAACAUUUUGGCGGUGUGCGAGUGUCAUCAAGCAAGGCCAGUCUAGGACAAGAUCUUAACGCAUCGUCGAACCUAUCGCCCUGUAAACCAAUAUCAAGUGUUCGAAAUCCUGGCUACCCGAUCGAGUUCGAUAACUACAUCAUUGACCAGUCAUCACAUUCUCCAAGAACGUCAAGUGGCUCUGAUAUCAAUUCGCCUUCAAGAUCACAGCCCAUUACUGGUUCUUCAACAAGAGGACAGCGUAUAUCAAGUAAUCGAUUGCUUGAUGAGAGGGAAUGCCUUGCUCGCGCUUUACAGACGAAUGUCUCCCUGGCUGUUGACUCUUUGGAGAAGCAUUCUGAAAAUCUGACUGAAUCUCUUUCCAAUGAAGGGUUUAUACAACAUUGCGAGUAUGAUUCCUUAAGAAAUAUGAACGACAGGCGGGCUCAGAUACGCUACUUACUUACAUUAAUCAAAGGUAGAGAUGUGUCCGUUUUAAAAAGCUUUUACAAUGAAGUUCUAAAAUUGAGUGAUCGCUUGCAUCGACAGUUGAUGGAAACAUUUGAAAUAAAUGUUCGCGCCGGAAUUGUUGCCAACAAAUGCGUUUUCUGCAGAGUCAUGUCCACCGUGAAUGUCAGAUAUGUAUCGGACUCACUUUGGGCAUCGGAACUACUUGACGAUGGACUGUUCACUAUUGCAUCAACAGCCGAAUCGCCAACGGGAGCUCAGGACUUUAUCUGGCAAAGGCUUUUCCAAAACAUCAACGACUGCUUCCAACGAGACCAAGAAACUGCGUUGACGGCGGUCAAACACGCUUUGAUUAGGAAUAACCACUACAAUUACUUAGCAGACCUUCUUGAAAUAGACUUAGAUACUUACGGUUGCAUAGCUUGUCGCUGUAGUGAACUAGCAAGCAACGACAGUUUGAGUCCAAGGCCACCGUCGACGUCGCAGUGUUUUGAUGACGGACAGGCUGUUCACAACGUAUUACAAAACAAAUCUCAAGGCCAACCAAAUCAGUCUGCAGCCAAAACUAAAGAGCUUCGUAAGGCAGACAGUUUUGAUAACCUAGAAAAAGACACAGCAAGGUUUCAACCGCUUGGAGAAAAGAACAUGUCGCGGUCGCAGCCAGACUUGAGUUUAAGGCACGCAAGUGUUGCUUCACCAAGUCAACCAUCAAACGUAGGUCAAUUGGAAGUUCCAGGAACUGUCACCCAAUUGUUAUUUGUACCUGAAAAAGAAGACAGUAUGCGAACAAAGCCUAAGCCGACCAAGCGACAAAUGAAGCAGAGCGAAAAGUUAACUAAGGACUUACAAGCUUCGUAUGUGUGAUAGCGAUAGUUUCGCCGAUAUAUCGCAUGACGGUUGAACUUUUUAAAGUAUAUUUUGGUGCAUAGCAGUAUUGUUAGACUGUUGUUCUUAUUUAGAGCAAAGCUUUAAAGGAAUAAUAAGUAAUAAAAACAGAUUCAUCUUUGUAUAGUUUUUACCAGGAAUUUCAACAAAAUGGCAAUGGUCCUAUAAACACGUAUGAUUUAAUAACUUUUAGUUCAAUUAACAUUAUCAGAGUAUCCCCAUUGUGUCAACAAAACAUGUUCGCAAAAUAUGUAGUGUAAAAUAUUUUCUUGAUGCACAGGCGAGAUUAUUGUUAAUUUUAAACUAAGUCAUGUAUAUCAUGAGUGAAACAUAUAUUUUAGGGCCUAUUUUGUAAAGUGUUUCCAUUUCUUUAAAAAAAUGAAUGAUGUAAACGAUGUUUCAUUUAGCUUGCCUUAUUUUAGUAUUAAAUUAUGAUAAUUA